AUGUCCAACUCAUCCUGGAUACCAAUUGCAUUGUGAAUGGCUGGAGCAGAAACUAUUUCUCCUGGAGGUACAUGCGCUGCAACCUGUGUGGCCAAUUGCCGUUGAACAUUACCAGCUAGCUGCGUCUCAAUUACCGUAGGUGGUGGAGCAUUCGUAAGCGUAAUCGGUGGCACUUGCGAAAGACGUUUGUUCUGCAUCCGCGCUAAAUCUAGCACGGCUCGCCCGCUCACUUCAAGUUGCGACUGCAAAUCCGUCGGCUUACUAACUGAUAGACUUUCCCGUAUAUCCUGUACGAAGGACACAUCAACGCCCAGAUUUUCCAGCGAUUCCACUUCAGAGAGCAGUUCAGAAAGAUCCUCCGUAUCUUGCGCUUUUACGUCUUCCUCAACAGUAGAUCCGAAUCUCGUUUUGUGAGAGUAGCCCAUGUGGAAUCGUACUGAGGAGCGAAUGAUGAAAAAGGCCCAUAGUUCAGAUACGUUAUCAUUGAUUGCCCCGAUAACCUGUGAUCUCCGAGACUUAACAUGCCUGGUGUGCCUUCCUCCAAUGGUCCUACAAUAUCGCCCAACUUCAAGCCCUUCUUCUCUGUCUCACCAAUCACAUUCAAAACGGUAGCACCAUCCUUGUUAUCCAGGAAGGCCAACUUCGCAUUCGGCAAUCGAACUGAAAGUUUCGACCGAAUGGUGGGAUCAGCAGCUCUGAGACAGUCUUCACCCGUCAUAUCAUCUAUCAGAACUUGUCGACGACGAUUCUCCACCUUAUGCGUCGUUAAAGCAAUAGGUACAAGGCCAGCUUUCUCAAGUGGUAUUUGGUUAGCAAAGGGGAGUGUAUGAAAUAUGUACCGCAGAUAUUGCUCGGAAAAGUAGUAUUUCACUAUAGCUGAAAGUCGCGUGGCAGCCAGAUGAUAAACCGUAUUGGGAUUGUUGUAAGUUAAUGCAUUUGAUACAAUCAAUUCUGCAUCGGUACGCAUCUCUGUUAUAGUCUCAUAGACAUUAUCCUCGAUCUUCUGCCGCAUGGUGGAAAAGUCCAUUGGAUGAGCUAUGAUAGCAUGGUAAUCCGGUGCCAUUGACGGCGUGACGGGGAAGGCGAAAUAUUCUUCGGGAUCUUUCGACAUCACUUUUCGGAGCAGAUGGUCAGCCAUUAAUUGCAAUGGGGUGUACUUGCUGACAGUUGGAGCCUUUAUCAAGACUUCGGGCGCCUCUGGUUGUGGCGUCGACUUUUUCUCUUCCGGCUCUGCUGAUUCCGACUUGGGUUGAGGGUCCUCAAAAAGACCUGCUUUCUUCAGCUUCUCUUUCUCCUUCUCACGCUGCUUCUUUCUAGCCGAGUAGUCUGUGAGAUGAACGCGUCGACGCUUUCUUUUUGGUUUUCCAGGUGUUUCAUUCUCUGCUGGCUCAUCUGCACCAGAAUCGUCUUCACCGCCUUCUCCUGCCUAAAAACAGGAUCGGAAUCAUACCCGUUAACGAUAUCAAUGUAGCUCAGCGUGCAAAGACCAUUAGGAGAGUGAUCUCGUAA